GACCGCUUUUGAAAAGAGAUCAGGCCCGAUAUAAAAACAAAGAUCUGUGAUUGUUUCAACAUGAUCCCAGACAUCCUAAGAACCAGGCCGGCGGGUAUGAUUCACUUGUCAGGUCAGUUCCCAGUUUCUGGGGUGAAUGAUGAGGUUGCCUUGAAUAGGAGCGCGCUUAACACCACAGAUGACACUAUACCGAACGCUAAACAUCAGCCUCUUUUGACCUCCUCCACAGCCAGAACUCCGGAGACAUUGAAGGUGAGGCACGGUAACGGACAGACGAGGCCAUCACCAACGGCUACAAUUUCGAGUCUAUCCUCUCGUGUUAAGUAUUGCCAUGUAGUCCUUCUCCUGACCUUUGCCUCGAAUGGUCUUCCUUUUCUCCUGGCCUGGACCCAAUGUUGUCCAUUUCUUGAGGACCACCGAGGCACACCAAAGAAAGGGACCACCAAGAACCACCGGGGGAUCCAGCAGUUCCAAGGCAAUCCGGCAUCUCAUUUGUGAAUUUCAGUCACCAUGAGAAAAAGGACAAGGAAGGCCAGGACACUUGAGGAGGGCCGUGCAUUUCUAAACCCACAAAGGGCACAGUUGUCGUUCGUGAUCAUCCUUCUUGGCCGGCGCCCUUCAACCGCAUCCACCCUUCCUCCACAACAUGUUCCCCUCAAAAGCCCCUGAAGCCAUUCCGAUAUCUUGACAUGUGAGUCGGAUGUUGACCUUGGUAUAACCAAACUU